GUAAAUGACGACGUAGCAGCGGAUCUCAGUCAGCUGUAGUAGGUGGGUUCACACAGAGCCAAGAUGGCUGACUUUGAGGAGCCGCUGUCAGAUGAAGAGAAGGUUCGCAUAGCAGCCAACUUUGUUACCCAUGCUCCUCCUGGAGAGUUUAAUGAGGUCUUCAAUGAUGUGCGGCUUCUUCUCAACAAUGACAACCUUCUUAGAGAAGGGGCUUCUCACUCAUUCGCCCAGUACAACAUGGAUCAGUUUACUCCUGCCAAAGUUGAGGGAUAUGAUGAAGCGGUUCUGAUCACAGAGCAUGGUGACUUGGGUCAGGGACGUUUCCUGGAUCCYCGAAACCAGUUAUCGUUCCAGUUUGACCAUUUAAGAAAGGAGGUUAGCGAAGUGCAGCCUUAUGAAGGAGAUGGGAGUCUGAGAAGCUGGAGAGAUGCCUGUGAUGCUGCCCUCAGUGCCUACGUCAAAGAGCACUACCCUACAGGAGUCUGUACGGUUUAUGAGAAGACAGUUGAUGGUCAGCAGACAAUUAUAGCCUGCAUUGAGGGACAUCAGUUUCAACCCAAAAACUUCUGGAAUGGCCGCUGCAGGUCAGAGUGGAAGCUCACCCUUGGUCAGUCCACUGCUCAUGUGGUUGGAGUACUGAAAAUCCAGGUGCACUAUUAUGAAGAUGGGAAUGUGCAACUGGUUAGCCAUAAGGAGAUAGAAGACUCCGUUGCUGUGACUAGUGAAACUCAAACAGCAAAGGAAUUUGUUGACAUUAUUGAGAAUGCCGAAAAUGAGUACCAGACUGCGAUCAAUGAGAACUACCAGACCAUGUCUGAUACGACCUUUAAGGCCCUGCGUCGCCAGCUGCCCGUCACACGCACCAAGAUCGACUGGAAUAAGAUCUUAAGUUACAAAAUUGGCAAAGAGAUGCAGAACGCUUAGAGGAGGGUCAGGGACCAACCAGGAUGAUGCACACUCUCAUGGGCCUACAACCCAUCUAUAUAUGCUCAAGGACUAACCAAAGCAUAACUAUAUCAAUAUGAAGCAAGGAAAUAAUGAAGAAAAAAAUUGUAACACAGGAUUUGCAGUCUGUUAGGGACAGAAAUGUUUGUCUGCUGAAUGGAAAGUGCAGUUAUAUAAAAAUAAAGUGGUCUGGAGAUAAGUGUUACUUUUGAAUGUGUGAGUUGUGUUGACGGUGUGCAGGGCUGUGGCUCAGGACUGCUUCUUUUUGGGGUUAAAAAUAAAAUCUUCCACUGUUUUAAGGAAUCACAAAACUCUCCCAAGUUCAGGUUCCACUACUGUUUGUCUUAGUAACACUGAUGUGGAGCUGUGAACACUGCUGUCUGCAUCCAGGGCACCGAGCAGCUGAUGACAGAAAUCAAGCACAUCAUCACAAACCAGGGUUUUUGUUUGUUUGUUUUGGUCGUAGUUGCCAUCUGUUGUGAAACAGAAAAUCAAGUCUAUUAGUAAAGGCAUGAUAUUAUUCUGAAAAUAGUUAGUAGGUGCAUUUAAUACAAACAAAACAUUUUAUGAACAGCACAACCCUAGAUGUGGCCCUGGCAUACAAGUGCUCUCGCACCGAUGUGUUUGUUGGUACCCGUUGGGUCAGAGGGAGAGUCGACUUGGCUUUUCUGUUGUGCUCCACUGAAGUCUUUCCAUUCAUGCAAGUUGUGAUGACAAAAAUGAAGAAAAAGCCACCUGAGCUGCUGCAUCCAUGAUCCAUUCUCUGUUCUCUUCCUUUGGCAACACCUCCAUCGCUGUACAGCUUUUCCUUUGCAUAAAAGGAAAAUAUUAUCAUAUUAAUCCAAAUUUAUUUGCCAAAAUCUCUUUCCUAUGGUAAAGAACUCCAUUCUCCUGCUCAUGUGUGUAAAUUCCUAAUUUAAUAUGCUUUUUCUUGUUCAUUUGAGUCUUAGGCUAUUGCGCUCAUAACUGUAACAAACUGUAAUAAUCAAUGCCAAGAGAAUGCAAAGCAGCUGCCAUAUGGCAAGAUCAUUUACUGUAAAUGUAACGUUACUCCUGUCAGGCCACGUCUUUCUGUAUUACAUGACAUCUGAGUAGGCUGACUUUGGAUCAGUUACCUGUUAGCUGUGCUAUGUGCUGCGUUCAACCUUUACAGUGUACUACAGCUGUGUGCCGAUGGGUUCAAAACUUCAAAACUGUACUGCCCCAUUCUGUUCAAAUAAAUGUACUGAACAUCUUGGUUA